GGCGCGGUCACCCCCUGUAUACGGUCUUGGUUCUUGUCGCUACACAACGAAUCUGCAAUGGGCCGCCCGGUCAAGUCUGUAUCAAGGAUAUAUCCUAAUGUGAACGCUCAACUCGGUCCUUCGUGGCACGAAUAUGACAAUCUGCAAGUUCAGUGGGGGUCUCAAGACCAUUAUGAGAUCGUUCGUAAGGUCGGCAGGGGAAAGUACUCGGAGGUGUUCGAAGGAGUGAAUAUUGUAAACGAAGAAAAGUGCAUUAUCAAGGUCCUCAAGCCCGUCAAGAAGAAGAAGAUCAAACGCGAGAUCAAAAUCCUGCAGAAUCUUGCUGGUGGCCCGAACAUUGUCGCGCUACUCGAUGUUGUUCGAGAUCCUACUUCCAAGAUACCCAGUCUCAUCACAGAAUAUAUCCACAACGUGGACUUCAAGGUCCUGUAUCCCCGUUUCACCGACUUCGAUGUACGAUUCUACAUGCUCGAGCUACUGAAGGCGCUCGAUUACUGUCACUCCAAGGGUAUAAUGCAUCGUGACGUGAAGCCGCACAAUGUCAUGAUCGAUCACGAACGGCGAAAGUUACGGCUGAUUGACUGGGGCUUGGCAGAAUUUUAUCACCCCAAGACGGACUACAACGUGCGAGUCGCUUCCAGAUACUUCAAGGGUCCUGAGCUUCUGGUCGAUUUCCAAGAAUACGACUACAGCCUAGACAUGUGGAGUUUCGGCUGCAUGUUCGCUUCUAUGAUCUUCAGGAAGGAACCAUUCUUUCAUGGCCACGACAAUUACGACCAACUUGUCAAGAUCACUAAAGUACUCGGCACCGACGAGUUCUUCGUCUAUCUGGAAAAGUACAACAUCGCACUAGACCCGCAAUAUGACGAUAUACUGGGGAGGUACCCACGAAAACCUUGGUCGCGGUUUAUCACAUCUGAGAAUCAACGCUUCAUCUCCAACGAAGCGAUCGACUUCCUGGACAAGCUACUGCGAUAUGAUCAUCAGGAGCGCCUCACCGCGCGCGAGGCUCAGGCGCACCCUUACUUUGACCCGGUGAGGACUGCGGCGAGCGGAGCAGAUGAACCGCGGGCUGCUUGAGCAUCAGCGGUGUCCCUGGAACGGGACUUCACGCGCCUGUCCGCUAUGCGCAUCCUUCUCUUUGCGCUUUGGCUGCGCAUAUGAGAUGCUGACUGUAUUCA